GUCGAGGCCCGACGAGGUAUUCAUGAACGCGAGCCGCCCUCGGCCUUAGUGCGUUUGGUCGACAUUUGGCUGCCGUUAUGUUCGUCACACGGAAGCACCCUUAGAUGCUGCCAUAAUGUCCGGUGACAGGGAUUAUAUUGGCUUCGCGACGCUGCCGGAGCAAGUGCACCGGAAAUCGGUGAAGAGGGGCUUCGAGUUCACCCUGAUGGUAUUGGGUGAGACCGGUCUCGGCAAGUCGACGCUCAUAAACAGCCUCUUCCUCGGAGACCUGUACAAAGACCGGCGAAUUCCAGAUGUGGCGGAGCGGGUGGCUAAGACCACCUCCAUUGAGAAAAAGACAAUGGAUAUAGAGGAGCGUGGCGUUCGGCUUCGUUUAACAAUCGUAGAUACGCCAGGAUUCGGCGAUGCGGUAAAUUGCGAGGAUACGUGGAAAGCAUGCUCGGCUUACAUCGACGAGCAGUUUCGCCAAUAUUUUACGGAUGAAAGCGGAUUAAAUAGAAAAAAUAUUCAAGAUAACAGAGUACACUGUUGUCUCUACUUUAUACCGCCAUACGGCCAUGGCCUCAGGCAGAUUGAUCUCGAAGUAUUAAGGCGUUUACAUCGGAAAGUUAAUGUCGUUCCUGUAAUAGCGAAAGCGGAUACUUUAACCACUCACGAAGUCAAAAAGCUGAAGGAACGCAUUUUGGCAGACAUCGAGGAACACGAGAUUCAGAUAUACCAAUUCCCGGAUUGCGACAGCGACGAAGACGAAGAAUUCAAGCAACAGGAUAAGGAACUGAAGGCGUGUAUACCGUUCGCGGUCGUCGGAAGUUCGACAGUGUUGGAGGUUGCCGGAAAAAAAGUUCGAGGUCGGCAAUAUCCGUGGGGAGUAGUGGAAGUCGAGAACCCAAAGCACAGUGACUUCGUCAAACUAAGGACGAUGCUAAUAUCGACGCAUAUGCAGGAUCUAAAGGACGUCACGCAGGACGUUCACUACGAGAAUUUUCGAGCCCAAUGUAUUUCUCAAAUUUCGCAGCAAGCGAUCCGGGAACGGAGGUAUUUACGCAUCAAACUGAAAAGAGAUUCCGGGCCGCACUUUGAGAAUAGUAUAUCCGACACGGACAGACUUCUCUUGCAGAAAGAUGAAGAGAUACGAAGAAUGCAAGAUAUCUUGGCACAAAUGCAAGAGAAACUCAAAGCGACCGGUCAAGUUGGAGGAGGAGGUGUUGGAUUGCGAGGCCGCGUGGGCAGCCUCGGUAAUGAUCUCGAUUCCGCAGACGUGGAGAAGAAACGUAACAGUAUUAUAGACGUUUGA